AUGCCGGGGUACCAAUUUAUCUACAAAAACCGUACUAAAGGUGUAGGAGGGUGUAUAUAUCGACCCCCUGAUUCAUCAAACUACUUACCAAAAGAUUUUAACAAGUUUUUCAAGGACAUGUUAAUCAAAGUGAAUACUCUCUCCAUGGAAACGUUUCUCUUGGGUGACAUAAACGCGAAUUACAACGUUAAAUCUUCUCAUAAAGAACUAAAAGAGAUAAUUAAGUCUCAGGGAUUUUAUCAAAUAGUUGAAAAAGCAACACGAAUAACAGCUGAAACCAAAACGCUAAUCGAUGUUAUAUUGACCAACAAAAGAUCAAAUGUAAAAGUUACGGACGUCAUCCCAUUAAGUUUGAGCGAUCACGAUUGUGUUUUAUGUGUCACAAAAAUUAAUCAUAAUAAAAUUCCACAUCGCACUAUCAAAUGCAGAAAUUAUGCGAAAUACAACCACGAAGAUUUUCAGGAAGACCUACGAUCACGUGACUGGUCCCGUUUGUAUAUGAUGACAAAUGUUAAUGCGGCUUGGCUUUACUUUAAACAGAUUCUUUUUCUGAUAUUAGAUAAACACGCUCCAACCAUUGAAAAACGGGUGAAAGGUAAACGUUGCCCUUGGUUACCAAAUGACAUCAAGAAAGACAUGAACACUCGAGACCAGCUUCUCCGUAAAGCGAGAAAAUCCAACAAGGGAUCUGACUGGUCUGCAUAUAAAACAUUAAAAAAUCGUUGCAACAACAGAAUAAAAUAUGCUAGACAGAAGUAUCAUAAAAAACUCAAACAAGCUGCAUUUCCAUUGCAAAAUUUCAUCUGGAAGAAACCUAAGCAGUACGACCGCAGAACUGACAAAACCUUUAAGUUUGAAUACGUUAGCAAACUGUUUGUAGAAAGAGAAUUACAAUCGUUGAAACGUAAAAAAGCUGCUGGAUGGGAUAAUCUGCCACCGGGUAUUUUGAAAGAUGCAGCGACAGUUCUGUCAGGCCCCCUUGCGCAUAUCAUUAAUCUAUCGCUACAAACUGCUACGGUCCCAACAGAAUGGAAAAUUGCCAAAGUAACUCCAAUUUACAAAGGAGGCGACACAAAAGAUUGUGGUAAUUUCCGCCCAAUAUCUGUAUUACCUGUUCUGUCCAAAAUACUGGAAAAAGCUGUACACAAACAACUUAUCGAUUAUCUGGAAAAUCACAAGCUUUUAUCAGAACACCAGUUUGGAUACAGAAGACGCAGAUCCACAGAGCUCGCAACAAUGUUACUAGCUGAUAGUAUCCGUAAAGAAGUUGAUAAUGGUAACCUAGUCGGUGUGCUGUAUAUCGAUCUUUCAAAAGCAUUCGAUACGCUCAACCAUCCAGCUCUUCUAGAAAAGUUAUCAUCAUGUGGUAUAAAUGGUACAACUCACGAAUGGUUUAGUGACUACCUUUUUAAUAGAAAACAAAUGUGUGUAGUUGAAAAUUCCAAAUCUGACUUGAUGAGUGUGACAUGUGGAGUGCCUCAGGGGUCAAUACUAGGACCGUUACUCUUUCUGGUGUAUUUCAAUGACCUCAAUGAAUGUCUAAAAAAUUCAAUCGACAUCGAAUUUGCUGACGACACAGUCAUAUACAUAGCGGGAGCAAACAAAUGUAUUAUUGAAAAUCUAUUAAACAACGACUUGAAAAAUGUAUCUUCGUAUUUUGAAGAAAAUGGUCUUGUCAUCAACCUGAAAAAAGGCAAGUCAGAGUCAAUGUUAUUCGGCAUAUCUAAAAAACUGACCAAAUGGGGAGAUGAAUUGUCAUUGUACUACAACGAAACACCUAUUCCAGCCACCAAAGAAUACAAGUACCUAGGAACAAUCCUCGACAACACCUUAUCACUGAACAGCAAUUUCAAUUGA